CUCUUUGGUAAAAGUUAGAUUGGGCACUGUAACUACAGCAAAGAAACACCGAGUGCUGUAGACCGCGGUUAAAGAGAAAAAUAAUUUCUUUGUUUUGAAACUACCUUUGAUUGACUCAUUUUAGGAAUUAUAUCACUCUUCCCUGGAUUUGCUGCUGUUUUAAACGCUUGGAAGGUAAAGAAUAAGUGAUAAAAUGAAGUCAACUGCAAUCUUUUUGCUACUGAUGCUUUGGAACUGCGAGAGCGCCAGAGUCGCAGAAAGUCGAGACGACAACAGCGUUUACGAUCUGUUUGAGCUCGUCCAAGUGCCGAGGAAAAACCACGGGGUGACUCUGGUGAAAGGCGACGACCCGUACAGCCCCGCCUACAAGAUCCUGAACCCCGACCUGAUCCCCCCGGUUCCCGAGAACGCCUUCAGGGACCUAAUCGAUUCCAUUCACGCUGAGCGAGGAUUUCUGCUCCUGGUCAAUUUCAAGCAGUUCAAACACACGAGGGGAAGCCUUCUGACCGUAGAAAAGAAAGAUGGCUCAGGACCCAUUUUCGAAAUCACUUCGAACGGGAAAGCCAACACUCUGGACAUUGUUUUUUCCACCGAAAACAAGCAGCAGAUCGUCUCCAUCGAGGAGGCGGAUUUGGCGGUGGGACACUGGAAAAACAUCACUCUUUUCGUGCAGGAGGACAGGGUUCAGUUCUAUGUGGGAUGUGAGGAGGUGAAUACAGCGGAGCUCGAUGCUUCUAUCCAGACUAUCCUCACUCAGGAGACCCCCGGUGUGGCGAACCUGAGGAUUGGCAAGGGCGCAGUGAAGGACAGGUUCAUGGGGGUGUUGCAAAACGUGCGAUUUGUGUUCGGAACCACACUGGAAGCAAUUCUGAGGAACAAAGGAUGCCAAAACUCAGCUAUGACUGAUAUCAUCACCCUUGACAAUCCCAUGAAUGGAUCCAGACCUGCAAUCAGGACUGAUUACACUGGACACAAAACAAAAGAUCUGCAGAUGAUUUGUGGCUUUUCGUGUGAGGACCUGGCUGCCAUGUUCAAAGAACUGAAAGGUCUUGGUGUGGUGGUGCAAGAGCUGUCCAAUGAACUCCGCAAAGUGACGGACGAGAAAAACGUGUUCAUGAGUCGCAUGGGCAUUCAUGGUGGUGUCUGUCUUCACAAUGGAAUUAUGCACAAAAACAAGGAGGAGUGGACAGUGGACGAUUGCACGGAGUGCACUUGCCAGAACUCUGCAACGGUGUGCCGCAAGAUUUCAUGUCCCAUAAUCCCAUGCGCAAACGCCACAGUGCCUGAUGGGGAGUGCUGCCCCCGAUGUGGAACCCCGAGCGACUCCGCUGAGGAUGGCUGGUCCCCCUGGUCUGAAUGGACUCAUUGUUCUGUGUCCUGUGGAAGGGGCAUUCAGCAGCGCGGCCGCUCCUGCGACCGCAUCAAUAACAACUGCGAGGGCACAUCGGUGCAGACCAGAGACUGCUACCUUCAGGAGUGCGACAAGCGCUUUAAGCAGGAUGGCAGCUGGAGUCACUGGUCACCCUGGUCUUCCUGUUCGGUCACCUGCGGUGCUGGCGUUAUUACGCGCAUCCGUCUCUGCAACUCCCCAACACCUCAAAUGGAAGGAAAAGACUGCCAGGGCGAAGGUCGGCAAACUGAGAGGUGUCAGAAAUCACCAUGUCCGAUCAAUGGUGGCUGGGGACCAUGGUCACCUUGGGAUGCUUGCUCUGUUACAUGCGGCGGUGGCAUCCAAAACCGCAAACGUCUUUGUAACAAUCCAGUACCCAUGCAUGGCGGCAAAGACUGUGUGGGAGACGCAAAAGCCAGCCAGCUUUGCAACAAACAAGCCUGUCCAAUCGAUGGAUGCCUUUCAAACCCAUGCUUUGAGGGCGCCCAGUGUACAAGCUUUCCAGAUGGCUCUUGGAAAUGUGGAAAAUGCCCUACAGGAUACACUGGCAAUGGAAUCAACUGCAAGGAUAUCAAUGAGUGUAAGGAGGUCCCAGAUGCCUGCUUUGAAUUUAAUGGAGUCCACAGGUGUGAGAACACAGUGCCAGGCUACAACUGUCUGCCAUGCCCCUCUCGCUACACAGGCCCACAGCCGUUCGGUCGAGGAGUGGAAGACGCAGCUUCUAAGAAACAGGUGUGCACGCCUCGCAAUCCCUGUCUCGACGGAAGCCACGACUGCAAUAAGAACGCUCGCUGCAACUACCUGGGUCAUUUCGCAGACCCCAUGUACCGCUGUGAGUGCAGACCUGGCUUUGCUGGAAAUGGCCACAUCUGUGGAGAAGACACUGAUCUUGAUGGCUGGCCCAAUGCUGAUCUUGUGUGUGUCGAGAACGCAACCUAUCACUGCAAGAAGGACAACUGCCCCAAUCUUCCCAACUCUGGGCAAGAGGACUAUGACAAGGACGGAAUCGGCGAUGCUUGUGAUGAUGAUGAUGACGACGAUGGCAUUCCUGAUGACAGGGACAACUGCCCACUCAUCUUCAACCCAAGACAGUACGACUAUGAUCGCGAUGAUGUGGGAGACCGCUGCGAUAACUGUCCGUACAACAGCAACCCAGACCAGACCGACACUGACAACAAUGGGGAAGGUGACGCCUGUGCUGUGGACAUUGAUGGAGAUGGUAUUUUGAAUGAGAACGACAACUGCCCGUAUCUGUACAACGUUGACCAGAAAGACACUGAUUUCGAUGGAGUUGGUGACCAGUGUGACAACUGCCCUCUGGAGCACAACCCUGACCAGCUUGACUCUGAUUCUGACCGUGUCGGAGACAAAUGUGACAGCAACCAGGAUAUCGAUGAGGACGGUCACCAGAACAACCUGGACAACUGCCCGUACAUCCCUAAUGCUAACCAGGCUGAUCACGACAAGGAUGGUAAAGGGGAUGCUUGCGACUAUGAUGACGACAAUGAUGGCAUUCCUGAUGACAAAGACAACUGCAGAUUGGUUCCCAAUGCGGAUCAACUGGAUUCUGAUGGCGAUGGACGUGGAGAUGCCUGUAAAGAUGACUUCGACCAGGAUAAUGUUCUAGAUAUCUAUGACGUCUGUCCUGAGAACUUUGACAUUAGUGAAACAGACUUCCGCAAGUUCCAGAUGGUUCCUCUGGAUCCCAAGGGCACUUCUCAGAUCGACCCCAACUGGGUGGUUCGUCACCAAGGAAAGGAACUGGUUCAGACAGUCAACUGCGACCCUGGCAUUGCUGUUGGUUUCGAUGAGUUCAAUUCAGUCGACUUCAGCGGAACGUUCUUCAUCAACACGGACAGAGACGACGACUACGCCGGCUUCGUUUUCGGAUACCAGUCCAGCUCUCGCUUCUACGUGGUCAUGUGGAAGCAGAUCACACAGACCUACUGGUCCAGCACACCUACCAAGGCACAGGGUUACUCAGGGCUGUCAAUCAAAGUGGUUAACUCCACCACAGGGCCUGGCGAACAUCUGAGGAACGCCCUCUGGCACACCGGAGACACUCCAGGACAGGUGCGCACACUGUGGCACGACCCAAAGAACGUGGGAUGGAAGGACUUCACUGCUUACAGAUGGCACUUGACUCAUAGACCAAGAACUGGACACAUAAGAGUGGUCAUGUAUGAAGGCAAAAAGAUCAUGGCGGAUUCUGGAAGAAUUUAUGACAAAACAUACGCAGGAGGAAGACUGGGUCUCUUUGUCUUCUCACAAGAGAUGGUGUACUUCUCAGACCUCAAAUAUGAAUGCAGAGAUGGAUAAUUGCACAGGCAGGAUGCUGAUCAAAGAAUGCACCUUUCCAUAUAAAUAUGUAUUCCAGGCAAAGUCCAGGGACAGAUUUGACGCUACUUUUUUCUGCUGCCGCUCACACGCUGGUGGAGUGAGAAAGCAGGUAGUCAAUUUCAAUGUAACAGCCAAACCGGUUGGGAUAGAAACCAAGUGGCUUCCGAUUCACAAUCUGGACUCCUCCGCCAUUAGCAGGUAGAGCAGAAGAAAAGUCUCCCUCGCUUUGCUUCAUUGGGAAGACUGAGAUCUCUCUCUGAAAAACCUCAUUCGGCUCUGUGUGGGAAGAGCUCCCAACAGACAGCUAUGCACUUCAAAACCUUUACUCUCUCUCGUGUGUUUUCACGCUCUCUUCCUGACAAGAUGUCCAAGUUAUGGCUACAUUAGAGAGAGCGCAACCCUUUUAUAAGAUUGCUUUUAUAAUAUUCAGUAUUUUAUUAAAACCUAUCAAAACGUUUUCUUGACUAGAAACAACGCAUUGUGAAUGUUUAAGAUAUCAAAGCAACAACAACGUUUUUGCUGACAGUCUAAGCAGGUGAUUUUAAGACAAAUCCGUCAUGUAUUGACUUUUAUCUAAAUUUCGGUUUUCGCAUCUUAAGUAUCACAAACAUCCAUUAAGUUCUGGCGGGAGAUAACUUUGGUUUAGCGGGCAUAGUUUUCUCAGGGCUAGAUGGUUAAACCAUUCUAACAUAUUCAUUAGAAAUGGCAAAAUGAAAGGUUGUAUGAAGAGGAAUUAGACAGACUUAGCCACAUGCGGAUACUAGAUUACCAAGUACUCUAGUGUGAGGUUUUAUUUCAAAUGCUAAUUUUUAAGGGAAAGUCGAGUUUUUAGUGUUUUCUAUAUAUGUAGCACUUACAAAACACUUUUUGAGUCUGGGAUUUUGCCUCAGGAGGGUGUUUCUAAAGAUCGCCCUCACUAAAAACAUUUUAAUGUUUAACUAAUCUUCUGUAAGCAAGGUUCUGUCUAGUACUACUCAUCCAAACCUUUUCAGUCACAAACCGUUCAUCCGUCAUUUCCAAAAGGAGAUGAUCUUCUGACCUGUUUGCCUUUUCUGUAGAGAGAGAGAGAUAAAGGAAACUUUAAUGUACAAAUAUUACCUCAUUGCUGUUUUGUAAUUUGAUCAAGCAAAGCUUUUAAGUACUUUUUCCUUUGCUUCAAGAAAACAAAUUGGUCGCUUUAUUGCUACUGUAGCACAAGUUGUAAAUAGUAUAUAGAACGAACAGCCAGCCCCAAAUCCCAAUGGAUAGAGUAAACGACACGUUUUUGUUUUUUGUUUUUUUAAGGAAUACAUUUGCCAGUGCCUCAAAUGUCCAGUACUUUUUUUUUUUUUUUUAAACUUGAUAAAUUAUUGCUUUAUUUGUUGUCUAAGACUGUUUCAUAUGUGUGUGUAGAUAAAUGCUAUUUAAAUAAUUUAUCAUGGAGUGCCACCUGAGGCAUUUCCAUCUGUAUAAACAGUUUGCACACUGACGUGAGGAUGUUCUGUUCUUAAUUGUUUGUAUCUUUAUUGUGUUGUUAUUUUUGUACAUUUAGUGAUGCUUGACUGUAAACAUUUUUACUUAGCUCCACAAUGCAAAUGCUAUUUUUACGUAUAGCGAUUAUUUUGGUACAUACUUCAGAAUAAUAAACAGAUGAUAGAACUGA